AUGUCAUAUAUAUUCUCACGUCUGAGACUAUCAACUACAAGAAUUCCAACUCAAGCCAAAUUUCAAUACAGAAACUUUUCUCGCACAAACGUCAUCAUGGGUGUCACAAAGCAUAUCUUGAAGGAGGGUACUGGUCCAACUCCUAAGAAUGGAGAUACCGUCACCAUUCAAUACACUGGAUGGUUGAAGGACUCCUCCAAGGGAGACACUCUCGAGGCUCAAAAGGGCAACCAAUUCGAUUCUUCUGUCAACCGUGGUGCUUUCGUUGUUCAAAUCGGUGUUGGUCAAGUCAUCAAGGGCUGGGAUGAGGGUGUUACUCAGAUGAAGGUCGGUGAGAAGGCUACUUUGGACAUUACCCCUGAUUAUGCCUAUGGUGCCCGUGGUUUCCCCCCUGUCAUUCCAGCCAACUCAACUCUCCUCUUUGACGUUGAGCUCCAAAAGAUCGGCUAA